AUGUCAGCUGUCAAUGACACCAUAUUCUCACAUACCGUGUUCCUUCUCACUGGUCUACCUGGGCAGGAAGACAUCUAUCUAUGGAUCUCUAUUGUCUUCUGCUUAAUCUACGUUAUUUCAAUAUUAGGCAAUUCAGUCAUUCUGUUCAUUAUAAAAAGAGAUCCAGGCCUCCAUGAGCCCAUGUACAUUUUCCUUUCCAUGUUGGCCCUCACAGACCUUGGCUUAUCGAUAGCCACUAUACCAACCAUAAUGGGCAUAUACUUCUUUAACUUUAAGGAGAUUAGCCUCCAUCCCUGUAUUGCCCAGAUUUACUUCAUUGCUGUGCUUCAGUACGCUGAAUCUGCCGUGCUCUUGUUCAUGUCCUUCGACCGCUUCAUCGCCAUCAGUGACCCGCUGAGAUAUGGUUCCAUCUUAACCCUGCCCAGAAUAGCCAACAUGGGGCUGGUGUGUGUGCUAAGAGCACUUGCCAUAGUACUCCCGCUUCCUCUUUUCCUGAGACAGUUCCAAUACUGUCGAACCAAUGUCCUCUCCCAUUCCACCUGCCGGAAUGAGGACAUGUUGAAGUUGGCUUGUUCGGACACCAGAGCUAGCAGCAUGUACGGCUUGAUCAUUAAGAUCUUAACAAUGGGGAUGGACUUGCUGCUCAUCUUCGUCUCUUACGUGAUGAUCCUCAAAACGGUGCUGAGCAUCGCGUCCCAAGCAGAGAGUCUGAGGGCCCUGAACACCUGUGUCUCCCACCUCUGCGCCGUCAUGCUCUUCUAUGUACCAGAGUUCAGCUUGUCGGUGAUAAUCAGGUUCGUGAAGGACAGUUCUCCUUUGCUUCGGAUUCAACUGGGCUAUGUCUCCAUGCUUGUCCCACCCCUAAUGAACCCAAUCGUGUAUAGUGUGAAAAGCAAACACCUUCGUACAAGGAUUAUCAGGGCAUUCAUCAAAUAA